CUGCCAUGCUGGGUUCGAGUAUUCUGGCCUAGAUGACCCCUCUCGAUUUUCUUCAAAAGUGAUUCAUCCGAAUGAGGCUAUGGCGAUUCUGAAUGACCUUUUUGAGGGAGUCGACUCCGUGCCAGAGCUCCCUAAGUUGUAUCGUCGUAAGCACCCGCCGAAUCUGAGCGAUGUGCUUGUGUUCCGGAGUGAUGCUCCUCUGCCUGAAGUGCCUCGUCCACUUCAUGAGACUCCAAGUGCCUACCGACACUUUGUUGAUUCUCAUCCGGAUUCAGCUGAGUUUGAUAGCUUAUCGGGUGAUGAUUCUGACGGGGGUGCUUCCCUUGCAGAAGAUGUGAAGGGUAGGGCGGUCGGGUCUUUGGGUCGGGGCGAGAGCCCUGAGGCUGAAGUUGGCACUAGUUGUCCCAAAAAACCGAGGACAACUGUGCUGAAGAGGAGGGCUAGCGGCGAUGUCAGGUAGCUCGUGGAGUGGUUUUUGUCCCGUUUUGAGCUGUCUGUCUAAUGCCCUAGCUUUUGUCUGUAGCCCUGGUCCUGCGCCCAAGCAGAGGCGAGUGGUAGAGGAGGGAGCUCCUGCUGCUGCUGCUCCUGA